CGCAGUGUUGUGUGCGUCACAGAGAGGUGACAGCAGGAGAAACCUGCAGGUCCCUGCUCAGCUGCUGCUGCUGCUGCUGCUGCUGGAGGGAGACCACCACAUCGAGGGGUCCGAGCGGACACUCAACAGGGAGCUGCAGCCAUGGCCAGCCAGCAGGACUCAGGCUUCUUCGAGAUCAGCAUCAAAUCCCUGCUGAAAUCGUGGAGCGGCACGUCGCCCGUGGGGAACGGAUACAACAAACCCCCCCUCCCUCCAGUCUGCUGUCCUCAGGGAGAGAAGGGUCCCCCGGCCAUGAUACCCAUCAGCAUCGACCCGGAGAGCAAGCCGGGCGAGUACGUCCUCAAGAGCUUGUUCGCCACCUUCACCAACGUGUCGGAGCGCAAGAUCCGCAUCAUCAUGGCUGAGCCGCUGGAGAAGCCGUUAACGAAGUCACUGCAGAGGGGAGAAGAUCCUCAGUUCGACCAAAUGAUAAGCACCAUGAGCUCUCUGGCUGAGUACUGUCUCCCCUCCAUCCUGCGCACUUUGUUCGACUGGUACAAGAGACAGAACGGACUGGAUGAGGAGCUGCACGAGUACCGGCCGAGAGCCAACACCAAGUCCAAGAACGACGAGCAGCAGAGAGAUUACCUACUUGAAAGAAGGGAUUUGGCCAUUGACUUCAUCUUCUCUCUGGUUCUUAUAGAAGUUUUAAAACAGAUGCCGCUCCACCCAGUCCUGGACAGUUUGGUCGGUGAAGUCAUUAACCUCGCCUUUAAGCACUUUAGAUACAGAGAGGGGUAUCAUGGUCCUAACACUGGCAACAUGCACACAGUAGCUGACCUCUAUGCUGAGGUGAUAGGAGUAUUAGCACAGUCAAAGUUUCCUGCUGUGAAGAAGAAGUUCCUGGCCGAGCUGAAGGAGCUGCGGGCGAAAGAGCAGAGUCCAUACGUGGUCCAGAGCACCAUCAGCCUCAUCAUGGGGGUCAAGUUCUUCAGAAUUAAGAUGUAUCCCGUCGAGGAUUUUGAAGCCUCUUUUCUGUUCAUGCAGGAGUGCGCUCAGUAUUUCCUGGACGUCAAGGAUAAGGACAUUAAACAUGCUCUGGCUGGUCUUUUUGUUGAAAUUUUGGUUCCUGUUGCCGCUGCCGUGAAGAACGAGGUGAACGUGCCCUGCCUGAGGAACUUUGUGGACAGCUUGUACGACACAACCCUGGACUUGUCCUCUAGAAAGAAGCACUCGCUGGCUUUUUACCCUUUGGUGACGUGCCUUCUGUGUGUCAGCCAGAAACAGUUCUUCCUCAACAGAUGGCACGUCUUCCUGAACAACUGCCUCUCAAAUCUCAAGAGUCGAGACCCGAAAAUGGCUCGUGUUGCACUGGAGUCCCUGUAUCGCCUGCUGUGGGUCUACAUGAUCCGGAUUAAGUGCGAGAGCAACACUGCAACACAGAGCCGCCUCAACACCAUUGUAACCACGCUGUUCCCCAAAGGAUCCCGCAGCGUGUUACCUAGAGACAUGCCGCUCAAUAUCUUCGUCAAGAUCAUCCAGUUUAUUGCACAGGAAAGACUUGAUUUUGCCAUGAAAGAAAUUAUAUAUGACCUUCUUUGUGUUGGAAAACCUGCAAAAGCCUUUAGUCUUAAUCCAGAGAGAAUGAAUAUCGGCCUCAGAGCAUUCCUGGUCAUAGCCGAUAAACUGCAGCAGAAGGACGGCGAGCCUCCCAUGCCUAACACCGGUUGCACUUUGCCCUCCGGGAACACUCUUCGAGUGAAGAAGACGUAUCUGAGCAAAACGCUGACGGACGAAGAGGCCAAAGUCAUCGGGAUGUCUCAGUAUUAUUUCAGUGUGAGGAAGGCUAUUGACAACAUCCUCCGACACCUGGACAAGGAGGUGGGACGCUGCAUGAUGAUGACCAAUGCUCAGAUGUUGAACAAGGAACCCGAGGACAUGAUCACAGGUGAGAGGAAGCCUAAGAUCGACCUGUUCAGGACGUGUGUUGCUGCCGUUCCUCGCAUCCUGCCUGAUGGGAUGUCCAAGCCUGAGCUCAUAGACCUGCUCUCACGGUUGACAAUCCACAUGGACGAUGAGCUGCGACUCAUUGCCCAGAAUUCCUUGCAAAGCCUGCUGGUGGAUUUCCCGGACUGGCGUGACGACGUCCUGUUCGGCUUCACGAGCUUCCUCCUGCGUGACGUGCAGGACACCCACCAGGCGCUGCUGGAUUCCUCCCUCAAGCUUCUGCUGCAGCUGCUCACACAGUGGAAACUGACGCAGGCCGCCUCAGGGAAGAGCCAGGACACAGCUAAGAUACACACUGCCGAGCUGCUGCAGACCAGCCCAAGUCCGAAGACCCCUCCGGAGCGAGGUCCUCACUCGGCCGUGCUGCACGCCGUGGAGGGGCUGGCCCUGGUGCUGCUCUGCUCCUGUCAGCUGAGCACCCGCAGACUCGCCAUCGCCAUCCUCAAAGAGAUACGAAGUCUCUUCAUGGCCAUCGGACAGACCGAGGAUGACGAUAAACCGAUGAUAGAGAUCAUGGAUCAGCUCAGCCCUGUAAUCCUGGAAAGUUUUGUCAACGUCACAGUCUCUGACACAGCCGCACAGUCCGCCGGCCACCACGUGGACCUUCAGUGGCUCGUGGAGUGGAACGCGCUCCUGGUCAACAGUCACUACGACAUCAGGAGCCCGUCCCACGUGUGGCUCUUCGCCCAGUCGGUGAAGGACCCCUGGGUGCUGUGUGUCUACAGCCUCCUCCGACAGGACAACCUGCCCAAGCACUGCCCCACGGCGCUCAGCUACGCCUGGCCCUACGCCUUCACCCGGAUGCAGAUGCUCAUGCCUCUGGUGGAUCCAAAUAACCCUGUGUAUGCGAAGAAGACCAGCACCUCUGGCAGUGGGGACGGUUACAUCACCCUGUGGAGAAACUACCUGAUCCUUUGCUUCGGAGUUGCCAAGCCCAGUAUCAUGAGCCCCGGCCACCUGAGAGCGUCGACACCUGAGAUCACGUCUUCCACACCUGACGGCGCUGUCAGCUACGACAACAAGGUGAUCGGGAGCCCGUCGGUGGCCUGGCUCCUGAAGCAGCUGGUUCCUCUGAUGAGGUCAGAGAGCAUCGAGCUGACGGAAUCAUUAGUUCUGGGCUUCGGUCGCACCAACUCCCUCAUUUUCAGGGAACUUGUCGAGGAGUUACAUCCCCUAAUGAAGGAGGCGUUAGAGAGAAGGCCUGAGAACAAGAAGCGACGUGAGCGGCGAGAUCUGCUCCGACUGCAGCUGCUGCGGAUCUUUGAGCUGCUGGCUGAUGCGGGCGUCAUCAGUGACAGUACAAACGGAGCUCUGGAACGUGACACCCUUGCCCUGGGCGCUCUGUUCCUGGAGUAUGUGGAUCUAACGCGGAUGCUCCUGGAGGCCGAGAAUGACAAAGACGCCGAGAUCCUCAAGGACAUCCGGGCUCACUUCAGCGCCAUGGUGGCUAACCUCAUCCAGUGUGUGCCAGUGCACCACAGGCGCUUCCUGUUUCCCCAGCAGAGCCUGCGACACCACCUCUUCAUCCUCUUCAGUCAGUGGGCCGGCCCGUUCAGCAUCAUGUUCACCCCUCUGGACCGCUACAGUGACAGGAACCACCAGAUCACCAGAUACCAAUACUGUGCCCUGAAGGCCAUGUCUGCCGUGCUGUGCUGUGGACCCGUGUUUGAUAACGUGGGCCUCUCUCCAGACGGAUACCUCUAUAAGUGGCUGGAUAAUAUUCUCGCCUGCCAGGACCAGCGGGUGCAUCAACUUGGCUGUGAAGUCGUCAUCUUGCUCCUGGAGCUCAACGCCGACCAGGUCAACCUCUUCAACUGGGCCGUGGAUCGCUGCUACACGGGCUCCCACCAGCUCGCCUCAGGCUGCUUCAAAGCCAUCGCCACCGUCUGUGGCAGCAGCAGGAACUACCAGAGUGAUAUCGUCACGCUGCUGAAUCUGGUUCUCUUCAAGGCCUCAGACACCAGCAGAGAAAUCUAUGAGAUUUCCAUGCAGCUCAUGCAGAUUCUCGAAGCUAAGUUGUUCGUUUACUCGAAGAGGAUCACAGAGCAGAAGCCGGGCAGUAUCCUGUACGGCACUCACUGUCCGCUGCCGCCGCUGUACAGUGUCUCUCUGCCUCAGUUGUCCAGCCAGCUGGCGAGGAUGUACCCUGAACUCACGCUUCCUCUAUUCUCAGAGGUUAGCCAGAGGUUCCCCAGCACCCAUCCCAACGGGAGGCAGAUCAUGCUGACCUACCUCCUGCCCUGGCUCAGCAACAUCGAGCUGGUGGACAGCGGCCUGCUGCUCCCGGCCUUCACGCCGUGCACCUCGGAUUACGACGCUUCCAGCCGCACGACCAGCACCGGCUCAUCGCACCAGCUGAAGGGCAGCGGCUGGGGCUCCCUGCAGGCCACGUCCAUGGUCCUCAAUAACCUAAUGUUCAUGACAGCCAAGUAUGGAGACGAGCUGCCUGGACCGGAGAUGGAGAACGCCUGGAACGCUCUCGUGAGCAAUGACAAGUGGAGCAACAAUCUGAGAACCACUCUCCAGUUUCUCAUCAGCUUGUGUGGUGUCAGCAGUGACACCACUCUCCUGCCAUAUAUAAAGAAGGUGGUGAUCUACCUGUGUCGGAACAACACCAUGCAAACCAUGGAGGAGUUGAUAUUCGAGUUACAGCAAACGGAUCCAGUCAACCCUGUGGUGCAGCACUGUGACAGCCCUCCUUUCUAUCGUUUCUCUGCCACAAGCAAGAUCUCCACAGCAGCUUCAGGCACCACAUCGAGCAGCAACACUGUUGUCGCCUGCCAGGAAAACUUCCCAGAUCCGGACGAUAACAAGACCGUAAAGGAUAAUGAGGACAGACUGGGCCACAAAAUGCGAGCACACAACCGCCUGGAAUCACGCUACAGCAACAGCUCGGGAGGAUCGUACGACGACGAUAAGAGUGAACCACUUCCUCCCUACGCCGAUUGGCUGGUAGUCGUCAUAGAGACCAAUCAGCCCCAUCCGCUGCCCAUGCCUGUGAAUGGAGGAUGCUGGGCUCCGCUGGUGGACUUUCUGCCAGAGACCAUCACUCCCAGAGGACCCCUGCACAGAUGUAAUGUAGCUGUCAUCUUCAUGACAGAGAUGGUGGUGGAUCACAGUGUGAGAGAGGACUGGGUCAUGCACCUGCCUCUACUGCUCCAUGCCUUGUUUUUGGGAAUGGACCACUACCGUCCGGAGGUGUUUGAACACAGCAAACGUCUCCUCCUCCAUCUGCUCAUCACAUUGUCCUGUAAAAACAACUUCCAGGCCAUUGCCUCAGUCUUACUGCAGACACGUGAGAUCAACGGCACCAAGACCCUCACCUGUAAACCAAGUCUACAGCCGGAGUCUUCACCUGCUGGAGGUGUGGACUUCCUGCGGGAGGGUCAGGCGUCUCCCGUACCAGACUCUGGCCUGAGCUCAUCCUCAACCUCGUCCAGUCUGAGUCUGGGGGGCAGCAGCAACAACCUGCCUGAGAUCUCACAGGAGGUGGAGGAGCUGGUGGCUUCCAAUGAAAUCGACGAGAAGACCAACAAGCUCAUUGAGUUUUUAUCCACAAGAGCGUUUGGACCGCUGUGGUCCCAUGAAGACAUUUCACCAAAGAACCAAAUUUCAAAAAGCACCGGGCAGCUGACAAACUUCCUGCGACACGUGGUGUCUGUGUUCAAAGACUCCAAGUCAGGUAACACUGCUUUCAAAGAUGCACCACACUCCAGAGCCCGGUCUUUACCACUGAAUAAAUCACCUCCUUGUCCGCUGUUAGAUUUCCACCUGGAGCAGCAGCUCAGUGACGUGGCGCUGCAGACGGCGCUGUGCAGCUCGUCACGCCACUACGCCGGCCGCUCCUUCCAGGUGUUUCGAGCCCUGCGUCAGCCGCUCUCCGCCCACGCCGUGUCCGACCUGCUCUCCAGGCUGGUGGAGGUCGUGGGGGAACAUGGAGAAGAAGUGCAGGGCUACGUGAUGGAAGUAUUACUCACACUGGAAUCUGUGGUGGACAACUUGGCCGAGUGUUUGAAGAACAAUGAUCUCAUGGCGAUCUUGACGAGAGCCUCAUCUCCGGAUUUCCUGACCAGUUUCAAGCUGCUGUCGAACAGGAACAGCACGGGGCAGCUCAAUCUCAGAAGAGACGAGCGUGGCACACAUCAGAGGAGCUCCUCCGUGCCCAAGAAGUUUGGAGAGGCGGACAGAUGGUCUGAUCCCCCCCGCAGCGCCACGCUGGACCGAAUCCAGGCCUGUGAGAAACCGGGCUUCUUAGCCAAGGCCCGCAGCUUGUCCUCAUCCAAAGACAACGUCACGGACCCGGCCAACAUCAACCACCCCAGCAACCUGUUGGCCACCAUCUUCUGGGUGGCGGUGUCUCUGAUGGAGUCAGACUUUGAGUUUGAGUAUCAGAUGUCCCUGAGGCUGCUGAAUAAGCUGCUGGGCCACAUGUCGCUGGACAAGCAGGAGAACAGGGAGAAGCUGGAGAAGCUGCAGACUCAGCUGAAGUGGAGCAGCUUCAGCGGGCUGCAGCAGCUGCUGCUGAAGGGCUUCACCUCCGUGUCCACCACCGACCUCACGCUGCAGCUCUUCUGCCAACUCACACCUGUGUCACGAGUGCCUGUAGUGGACACCUCACAGGCCAUAGGUUUUCCCUUGAACGUUCUCUGCCUGCUUCCACAUCUCGUGCAGAACUUUGACGGCCCCUCGCUCUUCUGUCAAGACGUUGCUGAGAGGAUCGCCCAGGUUUGCCUUGAGGAGAAGAACUCCAAGCUCUCCAACCUCGCUCACGUCAUGACCCUUUAUAAAACGCAUUUAUACACACGAGACUGCUUCUCCUGGGUCAACGUGGUUUGUCGAUAUCUUCACGAGGCCUUCUCGGAUAUCACCCUCCGCCUGGUCACCUACAUGGUCGAGCUGCUGGAGAAAGGUCUACCCAGUAUGCAGCAGACGCUUCUACAGAUCAUCUACAGCCUCCUGAGUCACAUGGACCUGUGUGGAAUUCAAGCCAAACCCUUCAACAUGGAGGUGCUCAAGACAAUUGAGAAGUUUGUCCAGACUGUCCAUUGGAGGGAAGCGCUGAAUAUCCUGAAGCUGGUGGUUUCUCGAUCGGCCAGUCUGGUGCAGCCCUCAGCCCCGCAAAGUGUCCUCUGCUACGAGGACAUCAGCCGGGUCUGGGAGCGCUCCACCAAGGCCUUGCCGGGGAAAACUCUGGAUUUCCACUUUGACAUAUCUGAGACGCCGGUGAUCGGUCGGCGUUACGAUGACCUUCAGCGCUCUCCGGGCCAAGAUGUGAAGAGCAGGACCACCUCGUCGACCUCCUCGGGAUCCACAUCCAACAACGUCCUGGUGCCGGUCAGCUGGAAGAGGCCUCAGUCCUCUCAGAAAAGAACUCGAGAAAAACUGGUGCACGUGUUGUCUCUGUGUGGACAAGAAGUGGGGCUCACAAAAAAUCCUUCGGUGAUCUUCUCCAGCUGUGGGGAGCUGGACCUCAUGGAGCACCAGCCCAGCCUGGUGUCCUCCGACGACGGGACCCGGGAGCCAGACAACAUGGACGACACCACCUCGGAGCAGCAGUUCAGGGUCUUCAGAGACUUUGACUUCCUGGAUGUGGAGCUUGAGGAUGGAGAGGGAGAGACGAUGGACAACUUCAACUGGGGUGUGCGGAGACGCUCCAUGGACAGUCUUGACCAGAGUGACCUGCAGCCCCUGGAGGAGAGUCAGCUGUCCAGCAGCAUGCCCAGCCUCAGCAAGAUCACACUCGAAGACUCCGAUGAGUCGUCAGAAGAAGACUCGCUCAGCGCCAGCCAGAUCCUCUCUCACUCACAGCUUAUGGUGAACCUCUCUCCAACAGCAGAGAUCAGUAACAUGGACUCUCCCUCCGGCUUUUCUGACACAACUCCAUCUGACUCAACUCCUCUGAACUCCAAAAAUCCUAGUUUCGAAGUCCAACCGCCAGAGGACUCGAAGCCGCGGCAUGAGUUGUCACAGGAAGACGAAGACACCAACGUCCAUGAGGAUGACGUCUCUUUCUCCAUCAGUGAACUGCCCCCGGAAUAUUACUGCGGGGACAGUCUGACAAUGGACGCGGUUCACAGUGAUCACAGAGGAGAACUGGAGCUCGACAGCUGCUUACCCAGUCUUGCAGAGGAGGAGAGAGACGACAUGCUGGAGUCCCGCUCUUCCCCACCACCGUCGCCCUUCUUCUCCGCCAUCCUCGCAGCCUUCCAGCCGGCCGUGUGCGAUGAUGCAGAGGAGGCUUGGCGAAGUCACAUCAACCAGCUCGUGUCUGACUCGGAUGGAUCCUGUGCCGUCUACACUUUCCACGUGUUUUCCUCACUGUUCCAGAGUAUCCAGAGCAAAUUCUGCUCUUUGACCUGUGACGCUGUGAGUUACCUCGGCGACGGACUGCGGGGGUUAGGAUCAAAGUUUCUGAGGUCAUCUCAGAUGCUGACGUCCUGCUCAGAGUGCCCAACUCUAUUUAUCGAUGCAAACACAAUUAUGUCUUAUGGCCUCCUGGAAAAAAUGAAAUUCAGCGUGUUGGAACUUCAAGAGUAUCUCGAUACUUACAACCACAAAAAGGAAGCUGCUGUCACUUGGUUGUGCAACUGUAAGGCCACGUUUCCCCGGACUGCUGGGGGUACAACAAGGCAACCGGUGGAGUAUGAGGAAAAGCAACUGGAGCUCUGUCAAAGACUCUACAAACUCCACUUUCAGCUGCUGCUGCUUUUUCAGUCCUACUGUAAGCUGAUAGAACAGUUCCGUGAAAUAAGCUCAAUUCCUGAGCUGACGAAUAUGUCCAGAGAGCUAAAUGAGUUGAAGAGCAACCUGAGAGCGGCAGCGGCCUCGGUCACGUGUGAUGAGGCGGCUGCCCGGGAGAGCUGCUGCUCUGAGCCCACCUUCAGCUCCUCUGAAGCUGCUGUGCAAGCCAUUCUGGAGGGUCUGAAGAACAACGAGCUUCAGGCAGCCAUCCGCUACAUUCGUGAGUGCAGAACAAUGUGGCCUAACGACAUCUUUGGCAGCCACUCUGAGGAGGAGGUCCAGACCUUACUGAACAUCUUCUUCAGACAUCAAACUUUGGGUCAAACGGGAACUUUUGCUCUGGUGGGCUCGAAGCAGGACCUGACAGAAAUCUCCUCCAAGCUGAUGGAACUGAACGUGGAGAUGCGGGACAUGAUCCGACGAGCCCAGGGCUACCGAGCCAUCACGGCUUUCCUCCCAGACUCCAGCAUUUCAGGCUCGACUCUUUGAGGGAGGUCUGGCAGCGCAGCGAUGUCCAUUCCAACACCCUGUGCUAUGCCUACACUCCAGUGCUGUCUGGGGUUGCUGCUAUCAUCUCAGUGGUUAACAAGCUCUCUGCUCUCUCUUGGGAAUAACCAAACACCUCCUCUUGUGACUCCGAGUACAUCACAAAGUCAGAUCUCUAGACGUGCAGCAAUACUGUUGGUUUUAGACAAACGAGUGACACACGAGAAAGUUAGGCUUUUAUUGCACUAAUAGCCUGGCCUCACCAGACCAAUCUGCAAGGGCAUAAUAAGCAUGAGCUCGCUGAUUGGUCUGGUUUCCAGGAUCCGAAUGAUAGAAGUUUUCACAAAGCGACCACUUCAUACCGAGGUCGGUCAACGACUGUCAGAUUUAACAAAUGACAUACCAAAGAUUAAUAACUCUUUUUCAGUUACGUUGUUUUAAUUGUCAAGGGGAAAUGUGCAAUCCGUCCUGGGAGUGGAAAACCUUUACUGUUUCCUGAAAGAAUGUAUUUGAAUAUCAGAGCAGUGAAAAAAUGAACAUUGUCAGUAAAGAAAAAGGGAGGCUUCAUUACUUGCUUUAAGUAUUGGGUCUUUUGUGUGUGUGUGUGUGUGAGUGUGUGUGUUUUGUGUGUUGGUGCCUGAGUGUGUGAAUCUUAACCUGACGACCAUCCUCGAUGGCAUUACGGAUACUGAUUUCUUUAAUAACAGUUAUUAACUUGUUCACAUAAACUAUUCUGACCUGCGCUGCAAAUCUACUGUAAUGUCUCCCAAACCUACAUCCUUCUAUGUGGGUAUUCUGUUACUUAAAAAAAAAAUCUUACUGUUCCUUUUAACUGUGCAGCUUUUAGCAAUUAGGGGAAAUAUUUAUAUCAUUUGCAAGAGAAAGACAUGCUUCUAUCAGACUAGAUUUAUAGAAAACUAAUAUUUUGUUUGGAAUUUGCCAAGCUUGCAAAUUCGAUGUACUAUAAAGUGUAAUAAUAAUGUUUAUCGACAAACACAGAAAACUAUUUUAGCUGAAUAUUUGUAUAUAGUGCAGCGGGGGCUUCGCUCAAGACUCAUAAGAUUGUAUUUUUAUGAACGUACAAUUUGAGUUGCAUAAGGAGGAAAAGAGAUAUUUGUAAAGCUUGCACAGGAACUGAUGGAGUAGCCUCCCGCUUUGUAAAUACUACUGCCUUUGCAAUGUACUGUACUUUGGUGUUCUGUACACUCAUGUAACGAUGAAAAUAAAACCUACAUUUGUAAA